UAAGUUACUAACUUUUCAUUCAUGCACUGCUCGCAUUUAACUCCAGUAGAGACAUGGCGGAAGGCGGGCUACCAACUAUGAGCGAUACCGUUGAAAGUCUUAAGACCAACUUAGAUUCAAUUAUAAGUAAAAUCAACUCUUUGGGCUUGAGUGUUCAUCUACAGAACAAUAAGUCCAUUUUGUUCCCUUCAAAUUCUCAAGAACUGCAGAUCUUGCAUGGUGAGGAAGCUUUAAAACAUUUUAAUAGACCAGAGUGGUCUGAUAAAGUCUUAGCUUUCGGUAGCAAAAUCUUUUAUUGUCAUUCAGAGUACCUUCGCGUUAGAAGCGAAUAUUUUGAAGCACUUUUCGCUGGAGUUUAUCAAGAAACGACAAUGAAUUUAAUUAAUGUAGAGCUGCCAGCGAGUUCAAGCAACGUUGAAAUGCUUUUGAAGUAUUUGUACACGGGUGAAGCUAAUGAAAGGUUAUUUUAUGGUAUCGAGAUAUUUAAAACUAUAGAAAACGGAAAUUAUUUGGGUGCUCAUGACCUGGUAUCUUUAGCUGUUGAAGCCUUUGCGGUUCGUUGGAAGAGUCUUGUGCUAUUAAAAAUGUUUAGACGCAGUAUAGUAGAUGUGAGGUUUGUCCGCGCCUUACUGAGGUACGGUAGUAAGAAAGGUUUGAUAAAAAAUAGUGAGAAACUGAAAAUUAUCGUGCAUUGGAGUGCGAAAAGUGACUCGGACAUUUCAGAAGCUCGUUCACUCAUCCUCGAAUCAAAGUGUUUAGACGAGGCAUCUUUCGCUGAUGUACAAUGGUCCAUUGAAGAAAAGCCAGACCUCCUUAUUGAUUUGCGUUUCGCUAAUUUUAUUGACGUUUUUCAACGAGCGAGAAAAGAAAAGGAAGAAGUAGAGAAGAUAGGCAGGGAUGCAGACAUAAAAUCAAAAGGUCUUUUAGAAUGCGUUCGCCUCUUGACAAAGCAGUUAGAAGAAGUCCGCUGUACAAAAUGUCAAAUGCUCAUCCCGCGUGUUUCAAUGAAGACCCGCACUUGUGUGGUUAUGGGUCAUCCGGGAGUUUAUACUCUUUAUCAAGGCUGGAGUUGUUGUAAGCAGUUGAAAAAAAAGUCCAAGGGUUGUAAACCUUUCGGUGUGUCAAGGCAUACCAUUGGUUGAUCGUGGUUGUAAACCUUUCGGUGUGUCAAGGCAUACCAUUGGUUGAUCGUUCGACGAUAAUAGCAGUUAAGCUCUUCGUUAUGUUGCAGAUUCUUAUUUUGAACAUUUUUAUUUCGAAAAUUAUUUUUAUCUCGUUAUAGCUUUUCAAAAUCUUUUCGGAGAUCGUCAAGUUUAUAUUCUUACAUUGUUAUUUUUAAUUGUCAUAAAAAGUUUUACUCACAGCUGUUGUUAACAAUUCAUCAUUGUAAGGUCUACCGGUUCUUAUGGAGAUUUGUACAUUUGAAAACA